AAGCUACACUUCUCCACACCUCUAAAGAUAUCACAGGAUAUUAGUGAAAGGUACUGAGUCAAGAAAUUGAAGCUACUCCCCUUCCUUGGAUCAAACCUGAUUUCCUCUCAUUCACCAGGAAAUCCAGCCGUGAGAAGAGUGGAAGCAGUACCUACAAUGGAGAAGAAUUGGCAAUAAAUUAAGAAAAAAUAUUAUGGAAAGCGAGGGUUUUUGUCUACAUAAAAUGUAAAAAAAAAAAAACUAUAUAUUUAAUAUAGUGUAUAUUGGAGCAAGCUCCCAGCAACAGGCACAAACCAUCUCUGACAGCAAGAUCAAGUAAGAAGACCUCGAGCAUUUCUGAAAUCAACAGAAGGUUCUUAAGAGUUAAAAUAGGAAGAGGUAGAAGAUAAUGACUACUACUUCCUGGUACCGUCGCAUACUCUGGAACUACAAGGGCAACCGCGAGUAUGCCAAAUAUCACCAACGUGGAUAUGACUGAAAAAUGUUGGGGAAAAAUUGAACUUAAAAAAAUGAAGAUGAGACAAGAUAUGAAGAGAUAAAAACAGUAGAUGAGGACACAGCAUACAAAAACAACAUACACAUGUAUUUAAAAGGAAAAUACAGACCUGGAGAUGGGGGAUGCACCAUAACAAUACAGCAGUAUAAUAACUCCAGGGUCAAAGAUGAGUGGAGGAGAAAGUGGACCUGGAGUAUUCACUCCCAUCUGAAACAGUGGAGAGUUCCUGCUUCCCAUAUAUGUUUAAAGCUGGGAGUGGCUUUGACCUUGCCCGUGCCAGAUUUGUGGAGGAAGAUCUUGAGGUAGACUGCUCCAAUCGUCACUACAUCAUCACAGGAUGCAACACUGGAAUUGGGUUUGAGAUAGCUGUAGCUGUGGCUAAGAGGGGUGGCAUCCUGCAUAUGGUGUGUCGCAACGAAGCCUCGGCCAAGACAGCACGCUCGGAGAUCAUCACCACCACUGGCAAUGAUAAAAUCUACCUUCACUGUGUGGAUUUGUCGCGGCCGAGGGAGGUGACUAUGUGGGCUGCCAAGUUUGCUGCUCAGCAAGAACAAAUCCACGUUCUUGUCAACAAUGCGAGUUGCCUUCUGAAUGAGCGGCACUUGGAUGAGGAUGGCUGUGAGAUAGACGUCAGUUUUGCUGUCAACACACUCUCCCCCUACAUCCUAACAGUCAACCUCCUGCCCGUCCUCCAAAGAAGUGAGGAUGCCCGUGUGAUUAAUGUUUCCUCGGCUGGGAUGCUGUGUGUACGACUGGACCCUCAUGACUUGAUGCACACACAGAUUAAUCCUUACGAUGGUCAACUCUUCUACUUCCAGAGCAAACGUCGACAGGUUGCAAUGACAUUGUGGUUUGCUCAGAGGUAUGACAAAGUGCACUUCUCCUCUAUGCACCCUGGCUGGGUUGACACUCCUACCAUGAAGAACUCCGUACCUCAGAUCUAUGAAACGAUGAAGGAGAACCUGCGAUCACCGAGCGAGGGUGCUGACACUGCUGUCUGGCUCGCCAUCUCAAAGGCUGCCCUCAACCACCCUAGUGGUCUUUUCUUCCAAGACAGAGUUCCAGUCCCAACCCACCUGCCUCUUGCCUGGACAAAAUCAUCCAUAGAAGAGGAAAACCUUCUCAUGGAAAACAUUGAAGCAUUGCGUUUGAAGGUAUUGGGUGUCAUUAGUGCGUUGGUAGCAUUACCAAAGCAAGUAGCACAAGCUGCUCCUGCUGACACUAAAAAAACUUCUCUGAUUGAACCAAAAACAAGUGUAGAGGAAGAUUUAGCUGGAGAACUUACUAAGACGGCCAUUACUGAAAAGCCAGUUGCUGAGCCAGAGGAUGUUGUCAGGAAGACAGUGCUAGCUGCCCCAGCACCUUCUCUAGAGAUGUCAUCUCCCAAAGAAUUAGGUGCUUCAGCAGUGUCUCAUGAAAUGCCAGUUGAAAAAUCGCUCUUAGACCACCAGGUGGAAGAAGUUGUCAUUCUUGAAAAAGAUGGAUUAGAAAAAGAGCUAGAUGCUGCAUCAGCAGGACCCACUAUGGAGAGGGCUACCCUUCCUGAGCCCCUUAAAGUACAGCAGAAAGAGUUUGAUGCUGACUCAGCAGGAUCUAAAGUAGAGAAUGUUCCUCUUCUUGAGUCAUCUGAAGUGCAGCAGUCAGUUACCAUUGAAUCCCUGUCAGCUAGUGUAAAAGCUCAGGUAAAUGAAGUUGAAACAAUCAGCACACCCUCAUCUGAGGCUGACAUGGAGAAGUUAUCCAGUAUAGAGAUUCCCAAAUCUCAGCCAUAACAGAGAUUGAGAUGCCACCUUUUGCAGUGUCUGCCUACAGAGAAUGCAAACUUGAAACUAAGGAGUGAAUUGGUUUGGUAUUAUGUGCAGCUCAUCAAUGAGGUGAUAACUAGUAUCUUUAUUCAUGAAUACUUCUAGUCCUGUUGCUGAUUACAUACAGUUAUAUCCACUGGUUACCUAAAGAGAAAAGUCCAGUAUUUUAACACUUUAGAUAUGACUGAGGUAUCAGUAGCCACAAAGCAGCAAAUAUAUUUAGUGACUGAGAACAAUUUGGGUUAUCUGAAGCAACAUCUGCUCUUUCUAGUGAUGUUACUUCACUUUAGACUUGUAUAACAUAUUAGUCUAUAAAAUCUUGUUUACAUUUGACAGCAAUUGAGUAGGCAAUGGUGAUUAUUUUUCUCAUUGUUGUAGGUAAUUGCCCAUCUGGGCAUUAAUAGUGCUUUAUCAGGCUCACCUAAUUAUUUGCAUGCUUUCUCUCUCCCCUUUACUCCAGGUAAGACAACAGUUCAAAAUCUUAAGAUAGGUUAGAUAAAUAUUUGAAAUAUAAUAUAUGCAAUUUAGUAAAGCUGUGUUAGGCUGCUAGAUUAGUUUUAGUGAACAAAAUUGAUUGGCAUACAAAAAUUUGCAGAAUUUAAUUUUUAUCUGGAUCAGUGGUCAGGUGAGCCCUAUACUGUAUUACCAUUUAGUAACCUUUAUAAUUAUAAAAAUAAUUAUUUGAGAAGAUAUAGUAUUUUAUAGAGGAUAUUUAUUUUAAUAAUUUUACAUAAGAUAAUCAUCAGUGUGAUGUACAUUUUCAUUGUAUAAAGUUAUUCCUUACACUA